UUCUUCAAUGUUUUGACGUGCAUGGCAAUGGCGGAUUUUAUGUUUAUCACAUAUUUUAUAUUAUCGUUGACACUCAAGUUAUGUCCAGGUGGGCAAUAUAUUUUUCAGUCAAACAAAUUUUUUGUUCUAACGAUAUAUAAUUCGCGAGACUCGUUUUUAGGAGAAGAAGAGAAGCUUUCUUUAUUAGAAAAUGAUUUUUCUGUUGAAAGUGGAGAACCACAGAAAUCUAUAGACAUUAUGGCUUUUAAUGGCAGUUCAAUUGGACAACAACGUUUUAAAUGCCAUACUUGCGAUGGACCAGAUUGCCGAUAUACUCAAAUCUGCCAUAAUGCAAUUACUUGUUGGAAAUCUAGAGUAAAAGAAUCAAACGGUGCAGAAAGUGUAAGUAGAGGAUGUACUUCAACAAUGGAGCAUAUGUUGUUAUUGUGUAAUAAGCAAUUACCGCCACGUAUCGUUCAAAGUGCUACCAAAAAAAGACAUGUUAAUGGACUCCCACAUGGUGUACAAUAUUAUGUUGAAUGUUGCCAAACAGAUUUGUGUAAUGGCGGACCAUUUCCAAUAUUACAUGACUUUAAUGGAGAUGUUGUUGAAGAAGAUUACGCAGUUAAAUUAACAUUGGCAAUUUUGGGUUCUAUGGUUGGAUUCUGCAUUAUUGCUGGAAUAGUGCUGUUUUAUUUAUUGGUAUGUAGGACUCGUAAAAAAAGGACAUUGGCUGCAAGGCGUAAUAAACUUGUUAUAGAUUCUGAAAUGGAGUCAUCUAUCUUACAUUUUUCGUUUUCUUCUCCAACAUCCACUACUACGUAUCAUUCUCAUGAAUUAAAAGCAACUGCAGCUGGUGAUAGUACUCUAAAGGAAUACUUGGAUGGAAGGAGUUUAACUAGUGGAUCAGGAUCUGGUUUACCAUUAUUGGUACAAAGAACACUAGCUAAACAAGUAGCAUUAGUGGAAUGCUUAGGUAGCGGUGGUAAUGGUGGAUUUGGUGGAGAAGUUUGGAGAGGAGUAUGGCAUGGUGAAAAUGUUGCUGUAAAAAUAUAUUUUUCACGAGAUGAGGCAGCUUGGGCUCGUGAGACUGAAGUUUAUUCUCAAUUGCUGCCAUCAAGACAUGAUAAUAUUCUUGGUUAUGUCGGAAGUGAUAUGACAAGCAGAGCAAGUUGCACUCAACUUUGGCUAGUGACACAUUAUCAUCCAAUGGGAUCACUUUUUGAUUAUUUAAAUCGUACACCUCAUUCUUUAACACAUCAUCAAACACUCAGUAUCUGUUUGAGUAUUGUGAAUGGAUUGCUUUAUUUACAUACUGAGAUUCACGGAACUAGAGGAAAACCGGCUAUGGCACAUCGUAAUCUUAAAUCUAAAAAUAUUCUUGUUAAAACUAAUGGUAGUUGUGUAAUCGCUGAUUUUGCGUUGGCAGUAACACAAGAACGUUUGACUACAGAUAGAAUUGAUUUAAAACAAGGUACAAAACGAUAUAUGAGCCCAGAGAUUCUCGAGCAAACGAUAAACACAGAGUGUUUAGAGAACUUCAGGCGAGCAGAUAUAUACAGUUUAGGCUUGAUACUAUGGGAAGUUUGUAGAAGAUGUUUAAGUAAUGGUGUCGCAUUGGAAUAUGCAGCACCAUAUUCUGAGUGGCUUUCUAAUAGUCAAGAACCUUCUAUUGAAGAAAUGAGAAAAUUAGUUUGUUUGGAUCAGCACAGACCACCCCUUCCUAACAGAUGGCAUUCUGAUCCAACAUUGGCUGGUUUGGGAAAAUUAAUGAAAGAAUGUUGGCAUGGGAAACCUGCAGCACGUCUACCCAUUCUUAGAGUAAAAAAAACACUUGUUAAACUGGCAGCUAACGACACACGUGUUCAUUUGUCUCUUGAUUAAGUAGUAUGGAUACAUUAUUAUUUUAUGCAGAUAUUUAUUAGUAAGAAAGUAAGCUGUGUGACUUGUUCUGUAAAUUUAUUUUUUUGCAAAAAAGAAAGACAAUUACAUAAAGUUUAUACUCUUCAUUCAUUUUAUUAUAUGGAUAUUUAUAAUUAUCUUAAGUUGAAAAAUGAUAUUUGAAACGAAGAUAAAACAGAAAAUUCUUGUUCAAUAUGAUCGUAAUUUUAUACGUUAUAAUUUGUAGAGUAAUAUUAGUGUAGUGUGUCCUUGUAUAGUGUAUUUAAGAAAUUUUUUUUUCUUUUUUAUUAUUAUUAUUAAUUUUUAAUACAGGAAAACCUCAGCCAUUUUAA